AUGGUCGCUUUCAGCAACAGUCAACCUCGCAGCGCGGACCCUGACAGCCGAGAUGCUGCCGAGCUGGUGACCACCGGAGUCUGUCAGUGUUCAGCAAGGAUGGAGCUGCCGGUGCUGGACAAGUUCUGCUUCAUCUUCCACCUGAGGACAGGAUGCAUCACCAUGGGCAUCAUGAACUCUAUCAUAACCUUCGUGCUAGCCGUAAUCCUGAUCACCUUCGCGGUGGACAUCAAGGCAGCAUCAGAGUCCAAAUCGGAAGAUGCCGUAUCUUCCGUGGUGUACACCAUAGUUGUGCUCAUGGUGGUGCUGCUGCUGGUCAAGUUCGUGCUGGAUAUGGUCUUCGUGUAUGCUGUUUAUAAGGAAAAGAGCAAUUUAUUGAAGAAGUACUGCAUCUUCUGGGUGGUGUUCCUGGUGUUGUUCAUCAUCGGCUUCCUCAAGAGUUUGUUUCACAUGGGCGCAGGGCACGUCAUCGCGCAGAUCCUCUUCUUAGCCGAAAAUUUCUACUACAUCGUCGUGAUUCGUAGCUAUCUCAUUUCGAUCCACGAAGACGGCAUGCUGUAAGUAUAGCCAUCUCGUUCACACUUACCUCACAAAGAUGUUGAAGUCGCGAGAUGGCACGACCAUGGACCAGGAGCCUGUUGAAACUGCGAGUGAAAUAAUGUAACUAAUUGAAGCCUUUUCAUUUGUCAUGUGUUAGCUCUGUCUCUCUCGGACCAUAGUAAAUAGAAUGAGACAGAUGAUAUUUGUCGCGUGACAAUUGAAGGCUUAAGUAUGCUAAAGACAAGUUUAUAAUAAAGACAUAUGUAGAGGUAAGAGUAGUAAGUUGUAUUUAAAGUAGUAUCAAUUCAUUAAAGUUUAGCGGUCUUCCGGUACGGAACUCUCAAAAUUGUGGAAAAAACGCAGUCUUUACUAAAUGCUUGUCUUUAAUUAUUGGUAAAUGAAGGAAUGAUCGUCAUUUAUAUCAGUUUUACUAUAUAUAUUAAGUGUAUUUUUUAUUAGUUUACACCUUCUGAAAAGCCAUUGUAUUUAUAUUAAAAAAUUUAUUUCGUGAACUUACUAAUUUUUAACCUGAAAUAAAUGUCAUAUACGAAGGAAAAAAUGAACAAAGCCUCCAGUGUCCAGAGCUGGAAUCGAACCAGCGUACCCCGUUUACCGGACAGGUGCCUGAACCGCUCGGCUAUCCGGUCACGGUGGCAUGGGUCGAAAUUUCCAAGUAUAUGACAAUUCCCGAAGGCUUGUGGCGCCCCCUGGCCAUCUCUAAGGUAGAACAGUAUGGUUUUGUUUUGUAACAA